AUGGAGUUACCAGGACUGAAAACGAAGAGUUUGCUAGGAUUCAGAAAAACAAUUAAGAAACCCACUAGGGCUCCCUCACCAACCAAGCGCAAGGAUAGGUCUGAAGAGAAAUCAAAAGACCGGUCCAAAGAUAAAGCAGCCACUAAGGAAUCGGGGGAAAAGGAUCGUGGUCGAGACAAGACACGCAAAAGACGCAGUGCUUCCAGUGGAAGCAGCAGUACCAGAUCCCGUUCCAGCUCAACUUCCAGUUCAGGGUCCAGUUCAAGCACUGGUUCUAGCAGUGGCUCUAGCUCCUCUUCUGCCUCAAGCCGCUCUGGGAGCUCCAGCACCUCACGCAGUUCCAGUUCCAGCAGCUCCUCAGGAUCUCCAAGUCCAUCUCGGCGGAGACAUGACAACAGGAGACGCUCCCGCUCCAAAUCUAAGCCACCCAAGAGAGAUGAAAAGGAGCGCAAGAGGCGGAGCCCGUCGCCCAGACCUACAAAAGUGCACGUUGGAAGACUCACUAGAAACGUGACCAAGGAUCACAUUAUGGAAAUUUUUUCCACUUACGGAAAAAUUAAAAUGAUUGACAUGCCAGUUGACAGGCUAAAUCCACACCUCUCUAAAGGUUAUGCUUAUGUGGAGUUUGAGAAUCCAGAUGAUGCUGAGAAAGCCCUGAAACACAUGGAUGGAGGCCAGAUAGACGGUCAAGAGAUCACUGCCACAGCUGUGCUGGCACCGCGGCCGCGGCCGCCUCCCAGACGCUUUAGCCCGCCCAGGAGGAUGCUGCCACCACCACCGAUGUGGCGCAGGUCACCCCCUCGCAUGAGGAGAAGGUCCCGGUCUCCACGGCGCAGAUCCCCUGUUCGCCGGCGAUCAAGAUCCAGAUCUCCUGGACGAAGGCGCCAUCGCAGCCGCUCCAGCUCAAACUCCUCACGAUAAAGUUAAAGGACUGGACAGCUUUUUAUUUUUUAACUUAAAUCCUGUCAGACUAAAUAUUGUACCUUUUUUUUAUAAUUGGUCUGGGUGAGAAGGAAUGGGAGAGAGAAUCCUGGCAGUGAAGGCAACCUAAGAGGACAGAGCAACAGUUCCCGGCCAGUAGAUAGCCUUUGCUGUGAGGCUUCUAGUUUCCUGGCAUUGAAUUGAAAUGAU